AUGGCCGACGAGGCCGAUGUCGCCGACGGCUCGGUGGUGGUCCUCGGCGGUCAUGCGUCCGAGUGCGGGGCUGGCGGCGGCGACGGGGUCAACUCGUCGUCGGCGUCGGCGUCGGCGCCGCGAUCGCCGCAGAACGAGCUCAUUUCAGAAGGCCUUUCGGCGUCGGCGGUCGGCUCGAUGUUUAUGACCUACAAGCUCGAUCAGGUGUAUGUGAUGGAUGCGAGCGUGUACAUGGGCCUGCAAGCGCUGAUGGUGGAGGAGCCGGGGGCGUUUGUGAGUGUGCUGCGGACGCUGGGCAACCAGUCGGAGCUCCUUGCGCGCGAGGUGUAUGCCUUCUACCGGCACCACGACCUCGCGGUGGCGCUGCUCAAGGUACUGAUGGCGGAGGCUGUGGCAACGACGGCAUCAGCGGGCACGCUCUUCCGGUCAAACACGAUUGUGACCAAGCUGGUACGCAACUUUAUGAAGGAUGCCGGACAGAGCUACCUGCGGACGAUCAUUGUGCCGCUCAUCGAGGAGCUUCGCGCGUCGGACAUGCCGCUAGAGGUAGACCCGAACCGGCUCGAUGCCGACGACGACCUUGAGGCGCACUGGCAGAACCUGCAUGUGGUGAUGGCCAAGACCAUUGCCGUCCUCCUCACCUCGGGCAACACCAUCCCGCAUUCGAUGAAGCGGGUCUUUUCUGAACUCCGCGCCCUGGUGGGCUCCGCGUGGCCCGACGACGAGCAUGUGCAGACAACGGCGGUCGGUGGGUUCUUCUUCCUCCGCUUUGUCAAUCCAGCCAUGCUCACGCCGGCGGUCAUGGGCCUCGAUGAGAUCAACCACCCGUCACCGUCGCAGCGGAGGGCGCAAACGCUGGUGACCAAGACGCUGCAGAACUUGUCCAACAUGGUAAUGUUUGGAAAGAAGGAGCCUUACAUGGACCGGAUGAACUCGCUCAUUGAGGAGCAGAUGCCGUACAUGGGCGAGUUUCUCGAUUCCAUUUCGAGCGAGCUUGCAGCAUCCAACGAGCGGACGUUCCCGCUGCCUGUGGUGCCGGGUAUCGACGCAUCGGUCGGCCGGACGCUCGCCCACAUCCACACCUUCCUGGACCGGGCCAGUGAUGCCCUGCAGACGCUUGCCGGUGCGCUCAGCGACUCCGAGUCGGAUGCAAGUCGUGAUGCUGCUUCGGGCGUGAGCCUCGACUUUGUCAACCGCCUUGCAGAGGUGGUCGGCGAGAUCUCGGGCGUCCGCGACACGACCGUGGCUGCGGCCGAAGAGGCCGGGCUUGCGCCGACGACGUCCGAGUCGGAUGCGAGCUCGCUGUCUCAGAUGAUGAACCGGCUGGCGGCCGGGGCGGUCUUCUACAAGUACAAGAUGUCGAAGAAGCUCUUUACGAACAGCCGCCAGAAGCGGCACGUCUCGGUCGACCUCGACGAGGGCGAGAUCGUGGUCAAGGAGGUCGGCUCCAAGAAGCACGCCGACCGCAAUCGUAUUCCAGUCACUGCGCUCGAAGCCGUCGUCGCCGGCUUCCACACCAAGGUCUUCCUCAAGCACGGCAAGGAAGAGCUCGAGCACCUGUGCUUCUCGCUCGUUACCGAGUCGCGCACGCUCGACCUCGAGUGCUCAUCCGAAUCGGAGCGCGAUGCCUGGGUUGAAGCCUUCGCCGCGCUCCGUGCCACGUAUGCGGCGAUGAUGACGUGCGACGGUGACAACGAGGCCGACGAGUAA